AUGUAUACUUCGCAUCAAUUGGCACUGGGGCUGAGGGUACUGUUGUUGCCAGUUUCAAUAAACAGAAUUGACAUUAGAGGUACACAUACUCUCGGUUUGCUCGAUCUUGCUGAUACCUGUUGUGGAACAGCUACAGGACGAAAUUACGUCGAUAAAGAAAAAGGCACAAAAUCUAUUUUUGGAACACAUGGACUCUGGGUAGGCAAAGAAACGCGUGAUAUAGCGAGAACAAGAGCUGUCCGCGCCCCUAGUGAGACCUUGACUGCAAGCGAGGUCACUCUCAUGGUUCACGAAAAGUAUGAACCAGCUGUUCGAAAAGCUCCGAAUUUUGCCAAUGCUUUUUCCGACAAAGCAUUGAGCGAACAGAGCAAAAGUAUCAAGGCUAUACAGAACUUGAACUUCAAAAAUUGA